CACCUGACGCAGCCCGACAACUGCCGCCCCCCCAGUGCCGGCUUCAGUGAGCGGCUGCAGGGGCCGGGCGGCGGCUCCGUUAGAGGCGGUGAGCGAUUUUGCAAAUCUCAGUAGCAAUCUGAUCACUCUUCUAUGGAUCGGUGGUAAAUGGCUCUACCUCGUCUUACAGGAGCUCUACGCUCCUUCUCAAAUGUCACCAGACAGGAUGAAUACAUUGAGGACUCCUCUCAGAUGAUGACCAAAAGGUCAAAAAUGAAAGAGAAAUUUUCGAAUAUAGGGCUGACCUGGGCAAACAUAUCUGAUUUUGUUACCGAGAAUUUGGCAAAGAAAGAGCAGCAGAUUAUUAGUGAAGAUUUGAAAAGUGUUCUGAAGGCAGCCAGGCAACUUGUUGGGGUAGAAUAUGGACAAACCACUGUGGAAAGUGCAGCCGUUUUUCUCUUCAACGUUUUUUACAACAAGGACCAUGUUGGGCAUGAAGAAACAAAAGCCAUUAAGCAAAUGUUUGGGCCAUUUCCCUCUUCAGCUGCUACUACAGCCUGCAGUGCAGUGUACAAAAUUGCCUCAUAUUUUACAGAAGAGGAACUACAGAAACUAAUUUGUGCCAAUCAGUCUGAGAACAAACAUGUCCGCACACACUUCGGUAAAAAUAUUCAGUUCUCGUUCGAUUCAUUCUCCCUGGAACAUUUAGAUGAAUUGCCCUUGAACUAUGAACCUGAUGGUGCCCAAAAGAACUUCAGCCUCGAUUACAACAAAUAUUUAGACAGUCAUCGUGGUAAUCUUAAAAAUGGAUCCACUGAAAGUUCCGAUUUCAAAUCUUCUGAUAAAGUGGAUGCCACAUUUUUAAGACAAGAAGUUGAAAACUAUAUCUGUGGAACGUUACAGAAUUCACCAGGUAGACCAACUGCAGAAGAGUUGUGUGGAACAUUGUUUGAGAUGCUGGCAUCUACUGGAACCGAUGAUGAACUUCAAAAUGAGUUGUUUGAGCUGCUUGGCCCAGAGGGAUUGGAACUGAUCGAGAAACUUUUACAACACAGGUGCAAGAUUGUGGAGAAAGCUCUGAACUUAGCUACAGAUCUCAAGUUCAACUAUCUUCAAGAAACAUCAAAGAAAGGCUUUGGGGGAAAUGCACAACCCGUUUACGGUUGUCAGGUGACUGUCCAUUCUGAGCAAGAAAAACAACUGUUAAAGCAGUAUCGUAGAGAAGAAAAGCGGCAUGCCAGGCGAGAGAGAAAAGAAGAGGGGGAAUUUUCUGGAGAAGCAUUUCAACUUUUUGAUCCUAAGGAUUUACGUUUACAAAGGGAACAUGCUCUUCAAAAUGCGAGAACAAUGCCAAUUCUCACGAGAGAGUGGGACCAGAAGCGAAUCCAUUACCCUAAUGUUUACGAUGUAUAUGGUGAAGCUGUAAAAUCUUCAGCUUUUAUUGGUGGUGCGAAGCUAUUACUUCCAGAAGGAAUCCAACGGGAAAAUAACAAGGUUUAUGAACAAGUAGUCAUUCCUGAAACAGAACCAAUGCCCAUUGGUAUUACGGAGAAGCGAAUUGAUAUCAAAAACCUGGAUGAGAUUGGACAGCUGGUUUUUAAAGGGAUGAAAUGCCUGAACCGUAUCCAGUCAAUAGUAUUUGAGACAGCUUACAACACAAAUGAAAACAUGCUGAUCUGUGCACCCACUGGAGCUGGAAAAACUAAUAUUGCCAUGCUUACUAUUCUGCAUGAAAUCCGUCAACACAUUCACCAAGGAGUUAUCAAAAAGGAUGAGUUCAAGAUUGUGUAUGUAGCUCCUAUGAAGGCCUUAGCUGCUGAAAUGACAAAUUACUUCAGCAAGCGUCUAGGGGCACUGGGCAUAUCAGUGAAGGAGCUGACUGGAGACAUGCAGUUGUCCAAAGGAGAAAUUUUACGAACACAGAUGCUUGUGACAACACCUGAGAAGUGGGACGUGGUAACACGCAAAAGUGUUGGUGAUGUUGCCUUGUCGCAGAUUGUCAGGCUACUGAUUCUUGAUGAGGUCCAUCUGCUCCAUGAAGACAGAGGGCCAGUUCUUGAAAGCUUGGUGGCUCGAACACUUCGACAGGUUGAGUCUACCCAGAGUAUGAUCAGAAUCCUGGGUUUAUCGGCAACCCUUCCCAAUUACCUAGAUGUAGCCACAUUCCUUCAUGUGAAUCCCUUCAUUGGUCUGUUUUUCUUUGAUGGACGAUUUCGACCUGUUCCUCUAAGCCAGACUUUCAUAGGAAUUAAAGGAUCUAAUAAGAUGCAGCAAUUACAUGAUAUGGAGGAGGUUUGUUAUGACAAGGUUGUGGAGCAACUAAAGGGAGGACAUCAGGUGAUGGUUUUCGUGCAUGCAAGAAAUUCUACUGUACGAACAGCCAUGGCUCUUCAAGAGAUGGCCAAAAACCGAGGUGAAAUUAUGUACUUUUUGCCGAAACAUGGUCCUGACUACGGCUCUGCUGAAAAACAGAUUCAGAAAUCCCGGAACAAGCAGUUACGUGAAAUUUUCCCAGAUGGAUUCGGCAUUCACCAUGCGGGAAUGCUGCGUCAGGAUCGAAACCUGGUUGAGAGCUAUUUUUCUCAGGGGCACAUCAAGGUGUUAAUCUGUACAGCCACAUUGGCCUGGGGGGUCAAUCUCCCUGCACAUGCUGUCAUUAUCAAGGGUACUCAAAUAUAUGAUGCAAAGAGAGGUUCUUUUGUUGAUCUUGGGAUUUUGGACGUGAUGCAGAUUUUUGGCAGAGCUGGACGUCCACAGUUUGACCGAUUUGGUGAAGGCAUUAUUAUUACCGCUCAUGAUAAACUGAGUCAUUACCUAACUCUAUUGACUCAGCAGAACCCAAUUGAAAGCCAGUUUCUGAAUCACUUGGCAAACAAUCUGAAUGCAGAGAUAGCCUUGGGAACAGUGACAAAUGUGGAAGAAGCAGUGAAAUGGCUGAGCUACACCUACCUUUAUGUGCGGAUGAGAGCAAACCCAUUAGUCUACGGAAUCAAUCACAAAGCCUACCAGAUGGAUUAUGGGCUUGAAAAGUAUAGGACAGAGCUGGUUAUUGAGGCUGGACGAAAAUUAGAUAAAGCCAGAAUGGUUCGUUUCGAAGAGAGGACGGGUUAUUUUUCAAUAACAGAUCUUGGCAGAACUGCCAGCCAUUACUACAUUCAAUAUAACACUAUUGAGACUUUCAACGAACUAUUCAAUGCUCACAGCACUGAAGCAGAUAUCUUUGCUGUUGUGUCUAAAGCUGAAGAAUUUGAGCAGAUCAAGGUUCGAGAUGAAGAGCUGGAGGAGCUUGAUCAAUUGCUUUGCAACUACUGUGAGCUCCCUGCUGCGGGUGGAGUAGAAAAUGCUUAUGGGAAAGUUAACAUUCUUCUCCAAACCUACAUUAGCCAUGGCGAGUUGGACAGCUUCUCCCUCAUUUCUGACUCUGCCUACGUUGCUCAGAAUGCAGCUCGAAUCAUGAGAGCACUUUUUGAGAUUGCCCUGCGAAAGCGCUGGCCUGCAAUGACCUACCGACUGCAGAACUUAUGCAAGAUCAUUGACAGGCGACUGUGGGGAUGGUGCAACCCACUACGUCAGUUCUCUGUUCUGCCAGGUCAUGUAUUAGCAAAGUUGGAAGAAAAGAAACUUACCAUAGAUAAGAUGAAAGAUAUGCGCAAAGAUGAAAUAGGUCACAUGCUACAUCAUGUAAAUAUAGGGUUAAAGGUGAAGCAGUGCGUCCAUCAAAUUCCUUCCAUAUCUUUGGAGGUGGCAAUCCAGCCCAUCACACGCACUGUACUUCGCGUUCGACUGACCAUUACUCCAGACUUCAAAUGGCAUGACCAGGUUCAUGGAUCUGUAGGUGAGCCCUGGUGGAUCUGGGUGGAAGAUCCUGUGAAUGACCACAUUUAUCAUUCAGAAUAUUUCCUCCUUCAAAAGAAACAGGUUUUGACCAAAGAGUCACAACUGUUGGUAUUUACCAUUCCUAUCUUUGAGCCAUUGCCAUCUCAGUACUACAUUCGGGCUGUAUCUGACAGGUGGCUGGGAGCUGAGGCUGUGUGCAUCAUUAACUUUCAGCAUCUGAUCCUACCUGAAAGGCAUCCUCCUCACACUGAAUUGCUUGACCUGCAGCCGUUACCUAUCAGUGCUUUGGGGAACCAUGAGUAUGAAGCAUUGUACAAGUUCACUCACUUCAACCCAAUUCAGACUCAGAUAUUCCACACCUUGUAUCACACUGACUGUAACGUGCUGCUCGGAGCUCCCACAGGAUCUGGAAAGACAGUCGCAGCCGAGCUUGCUAUUUUUCGAGUUUUCAACGAGUACCCAACUUCCAAGGCUGUUUACAUUGCCCCUCUGAAGGCUCUAGUCCGUGAACGAAUGGAAGAUUGGAAAAUCAGGAUUGCGGAGAAACUGGGUAAAAAAGUAGUGGAACUGACUGGUGAUGUGACUCCCGACAUGAGGGCGAUUGCCAAGGCGGACCUUAUCGUUACCACCCCUGAGAAGUGGGAUGGCGUCAGCAGAAGCUGGCAGAACAGGAGCUACGUCACGAAGGUGUCAAUUCUCAUUAUAGACGAGAUCCAUUUGCUAGGGGAUGAGAGAGGUCCUGUACUGGAGGUAAUUGUGUCCCGAACCAAUUUCAUCUCCUCGCACACCAAGAUGCCUGUAAGGAUUGUGGGACUGUCCACUGCAUUGGCAAAUGCCAAAGAUUUGGCUGACUGGUUAAAUAUCAAUCAGAAUGGUUUGUUUAACUUCAGACCAUCUGUUCGUCCAGUUCCUCUUGAAGUUCAUAUUCAUGGCUUCCCCGGACAGCAUUACUGCCCUCGCAUGGCUGGCAUGAACAAGCCAGCAUUCCAAGCUAUUCGGAGCCAUUCCCCAACAAAGCCUGUGCUGAUCUUUGUGUCGUCCAGGCGUCAGACUCGCCUCACAGCUCUGGAUUUGAUUGCCUUCCUGGCAGCAGAAGAUGACCCUAAACAGUGGUUACACAUGGACGAGAGGGAGAUGAAUGUUAUCAUCGAGAUGGUGAAGGAUUCAAAUUUGAAAUUGACCUUGGCCUUUGGGAUUGGGCUGCAUCAUGCUGGACUGCAUGAGCGCGACCGUAAACAUGUGGAAGAACUCUUUGUUAAUUGCAAAAUUCAGGUUCUUAUUGCCACAAGCACUUUGGCUUGGGGUGUGAACUUCCCUGCUCAUCUAGUUAUUGUCAAAGGUACUGAAUUCUACGAUGGAAAAACAAGGCGUUAUGUGGACUUUGCAAUUACAGAUGUUCUACAGAUGAUGGGGCGUGCAGGCAGGCCUCAGUUUGAUGACCAGGGUAAAGCAGUAAUUUUGGUGCAUGACAUUAAAAAGGAUUUCUACAAGAAGUUUCUGUACGAGCCAUUCCCUGUUGAGUCAAGUUUGCUGGAGGUGCUUUCUGAUCACUUGAAUGCGGAAAUUGCAGCUGGAACAGUUUCGUCCAAGCAGGAUGCCAUGGACUAUAUUACAUGGACCUAUUUUUUCCGCCGUCUUGUCAUGAAUCCCAGCUAUUACAACUUGGAUGACGUUAACCAUGACACCAUCAAUAAAUACCUUUCGAGCCUCGUGGAGAAGUGUCUCAUGGAUCUGGAAUGUUCAUAUUGUAUGGCAGUAGGAGAGGACAACCGGAGCCUCCAGCCAUUGGAUUUUGGACGUAUCGCCUCUUAUUAUUACCUGAAACACCCAACUGUGCGAAUGUUCAAGGAACGAAUGAAAGUGGAUUGCAGUGUGGAGGAAUUGAUCUCUAUUCUGACAGAUGCUACCGAAUAUGCAGAACUUCCAGUGCGACACAAUGAAGACCAGCUGAACAGUGAAAUGGCCAAGCAGCUUCCCAUUGAAGUGAAUCCACAUUCAUUCGACAGUGCACACACGAAGGCCCACCUGCUCCUCCAAGCACAUUUUUCCCGAGCUGCUUUGCCAUGUCCAGAUUAUGCUACAGACACAAAGUCUGUUCUGGACCAAGCCAUUCGUAUCUGUCAGGCUAUGUUGGAUGUGGCAGCAAACAACGGUUGGCUUAUCACAGCAGUGAAUGUAACUAACCUUGUUCAGAUGGUGGUUCAAGGCAGAUGGCUUCAUGACUCUUCCCUGCUCACCCUGCCAAACAUAGAGCAACAGCACCUCUACAUCUUCAGCAAAUGGAACACAGGCAGAAAGAAAAGUAGCUCAAAAGGUUAUCGAGGUCCAGUUGAAUGUCUUCCUGAAUUGAUUGCUGCAUGUGAAUGGAGAGAGAAUGUAUUCCAUUCUAUAGUCGGUGAUGAACUACAGCCUCAUCAGAUUAUCCAGGCUUGGAACUUCCUCUCCCAUCUGCCAGUCAUUGAGGUUUAUCUAAGUAUCAAGGGCUGGUGGGACAACGGUGCAGUGGGCCAGAACGAGAAAGUACUGCCCAGUGUGGGCACUGGCAUUCGAGAUGAAAAGAACUGGACUCAGCUGCACGCUGAUCAGGAAUACGUACUCCAGAUCAACCUACGCAGGAUUAGCCUGGGACGGAGUAAGGGAAAGCAUGAGAGCAAGGCAAUAACACCACAUUUCCCAAAGGCCAAGGACGAGGGCUGGUUUAUAAUCCUAGGGGAAGUGGACAAGAAAGAAUUGGUAGCUCUGAAACGAGUGGGAUAUAUUCGCAAUCGAAGCACAGUCUCCUUAGCCUUCUUUACUCCUGAGAACAUUGGAAGAUACAUCUACACUCUCUAUCUGAUGAGUGAUAGCUAUCUGGGGAUGGACCAACAAUAUGACAUUUAUUUGGAUGUGAACCCACCAAGCGUUGCUGCUCAGGUCAACACCGAGGUCUCUGAUGCUGUGAGUGAUCUGGCUGUGGAGUGACGUGACAAGCAUGUGUUAAACAGCCAGGAAGCAAUGAUCUUAUGGUGCAGAUUGUGCUGGUGUGCUGGAGCCGAGCUGAAAUUACCUGAUAUUUGCCUUAGUAGAUGCAACUUCUAACCUCAGACUCGCAGGAAAUUGCAAAUGGCAACUGAGGUGACCUCCAGUAUGGAUCGUCUGCACAGCUUGUGGCCUUAUAUAAAGUUACAUUUUGGAUUAGUGCUACACCUAGAUCAUUUGAAACUCUAUUAAUCUAUCAGGGCACCAAACAGUGAGCUGAAAAGUUAUCCAUUAAGAAUCACAACUUCCUUCUACAUUAUUUUAUGCAUGUAUUGAUGUAGAAAGACGGUAGGCUUUUUUUGAAUUUUAUUUUUUAACCAAAAUAGCAUUCACUUGGAUUCUGUCAAAACUCUUCACCUUAACAAUAAAAAAAAUCUGCUUUCUUAUCUAAAGUAGCAUUGGGCUAAAAUUAGUUUCUAAUUGCUGCUGGUGUAUUUAAAAGCUCAUUGCAUUCUGUAUAGUGUAAAUUAUUUUGAAAGCAGCCCACAAACUUCUUAUCAACAACUUCAGCAUUGCAAAAUUGAUGCCUCCACAGUCAGCACAAUUGUUUUUGAAUUAAAAUUAAAUUAAAAUAUUUUUAUCUGUAUGAUAGGAAAGAAAAUAAUGUAAUUUAAAGGCAAGUUGUGAUUGAAAAUUCAGUCCCUUGUAGACUGAGUGCAAAGGGUAUUCAUUUCCAUGGUAACUUCAAGGCUGAACUUGACACAUUCGUAACCAUGGGUCAGGUUAAAGAAAGCAAAACCUUUCGCUGCAAUGACUGCCACAACACUCAAUUUGUCAAUAUCAAUUUAGCUGAAUCUGUGAAGAAUAAGUUUUGGCAGAAAAUACUUUCACAGUGUGAGAAAGAUCUAAGGGUUGCUGGAAAAAGGGAAACUUGCAUUCAGUAUGAGUUUACAGUGCUGGUUGCAGACAUGAGAAACAAUUAAAGUUAAUUGCAAUA